AGGAAAACAACGCGUCAUUUUUGGUUUAUGAAUAAGGACAGCCUGGCGUUUAUCGUUACAAAAGCUUUCUCUUAUCUCUCUUGUUCUCCUUCAUGGUCACAGCAUUCGAUUUUGAAGGCUUAGCUUUGUAACUCUGUCGCAGAGGAGAAAUCGCCAUGUGGCCUUCUUCUGGAAACUCUUCGCAGCCUCAAGCUAAGAAACAGGAGAGGAAGUCGAUAUCUGGGAGUUUUAAGGCAGAGAAUCUAAUACCAGGGGUUGUGAUAGGUUUCAUCAUUGGUAUGUUGUUGGAUCUGUCACAGCAAGUUAAGUUACCUGUGAAAAAGAGCAGACUUUUGUCAAGUAAGACCCAGAACCAGAGCUCCGUACCAAGCAAUGGCAGUGAGAAAGAGCUUAAAAUGGUUUUAGUAGUUAGGCAAGACUUAAAGAUGAGAACAGGCAAAAUUGCUUCACAGUGUGCACAUGCUGCUACCGGCAUGUAUGCAGAGUUAAUGAAGAGCGACCGAUACCGUCUGAGGCAAUGGGAGGAGUGCGGGCAACCAAAGAUAGCCGUCACUUGCAAAAACCAGCAAGAAAUGAAUAAGAUUGCAGAAGCGGCUGAGAGCGUUGGUCUCCCCACUUUUGUUGUGGCUGAUGCGGGAAGAACAGAGGUUGCAGCUGGAUCAAGAACGGUUCUUGCAGUUGGACCAGGACCAAAACAGUUGGUUGAUUCCAUUACCGGUAAGCUGGCGUUACUCUGAUGCCGGAGCUUUCUCCAGGAUAAUGUUGGUGCAGGCAAAUUAGUUGUUGUUUUGUAUUGAUUAAACUCAUGUACCUUAUUGGUUAAUUUUAGAUAUAGUUCUGUAAAUCAUUCGAUUGAGUUCUUACAUUCUCAAAAAAAUUUACCGUGGUAACCAAAUGAUAUGGUAUUUGGUUUUUACAUCAUGGAGUUCUGAUAUUA